CGAUAAAGCAAUAUCACCCAGACAACCACGUCGUUUGCUGUCGACGCGAUCGCACGCGCGCUAGUGAUUGAUGCAUCGUAAUCAAUUAGUCGGUUAUAGCAGGAACAAAAAAAAUAUAUCAAAAAUAUAUAUCAGUGCGUGGUCCCAAUAUCAUAUAUAGACUUUUGGCCCCAGUCGUGGCUGCAUAAAAGGAUAAUCAAUUUGUCGUGUAGUGCGAACGUAGGACCACACUGAAUGUGGCUGUUGUUAGGUAAAGUGAAUCUCCCAGCGUAUUGUUGCCCGCGGUAUUUCGUUUAUAUCGAAGCAUAAUAUUAAUGUGCUCUUCUUUUCUUUUCUUUUUUUUUCCAUUUGACAGAUCUAAUGAAAGGAAUAUCGAGUAACGGUAAUCGAGAAACAGUACAGUGUCAGUGGAUUUAAUCAUCCAGGUAGAAUCAGCAACGCUGUGUUAGUUGGAAUCAAGGACAAAUUCUACAAAAACGUUUACAAAGAGGAUACGUCACCUGUCCUUUCUGGAACUAUUACAGUUAUUGGUGUUUAAGUCUUGCAGCAGCAAACCCAAACAAAUAACAACAGCAACAAAAAGAGGUCAGUGAUUCAGAAAACGACAUGGUUGUACUUUAUAGCGUUUGUCAACCCCUGAAAACUUCUGUUUAAUUUUUAGCUGUGUGUGAUUUUAGAGAAGAAAAAAAAAUGUCCGACGAAAAAACAACGGCUGCUUUCCUUCGGAAUAAUCCGGAAUUUCUUAACAACUGGCUGUCGAAACACGGGACGGCCGAACAUCUGCAGCAUGUGGCGAAGAGACUCGAAGACAAUGAUGCGACGGAAAAGUCCGACAUUACCCUGGCUCUGCCUUCGUUUUCUCAGGUGGCCAGAAAUUCCAUUACGAGUUCGAUCUUCAAGAAAUACCUAAUAGGGGAUCGGAAUCGGAAAACGUCGGUGCGAAAGGACAGGUCUUCGCUAUGUCAUAUGUCGGAGGAGGAGUUGUUCAUGGAACUUAUCCGCGACAUCGCCAGCGAACUGGACGUCAACGUCCUGUGUCACAAGAUCCUGCAAAACGUCAGCAUACUGACGAACAGUGACAGGGGCAGUCUGUUCCUGGUGAGGGGGACGCGGGACAGCCGCUACCUGGUGUCCAAGCUCUUCGACGUGACGAACAUUUCCACUCUGGAAGAGUCCAUUCACACGGAAGAAAACGAGAUCAAGGUGCCUUUCGGGAAGGGUAUAGCAGGUCACGUGGCUCAGACCAAAGAGAUCAUCAACAUAAACAAUGCUUAUGAGGACCCCAGAUUUAACCAAGAGGUUGACAAAAGAACCGGAUACAAGACCCACGCCAUUUUAUGCAUGCCCAUCAUUAAUUACGAAGGGGAGGUAAUCGGAGUUGCUCAGAUCAUCAACAAACUGACGGGAAAUCACGAAUUUUCUAAAGCUGAUGAACAGGUUUUUGGAAAAUAUUUGACGUUCUGUGGAAUAGGAAUUACAAACGCCCAACUGUUUGAGAUGUCCGUCAAUGAAUUCAAGCGGAACCAACUUUUGCUUCACUUGGCGCGUGGUAUUUUCUCCGAGCAGACGAACCUGGAGAAGUUGGUGGAGAAGGUAAUGCUGGACGCCCAGGAUCUUCUCAAGUGCGAACGGUGCAGCGUCUAUCUUCUGGAGAACUCGUUUGAAAACGCCAGAUUUCAAAUCAAUCCAGCGUUUCCAGGAAGUAGAACGGAUCCUUGUCCGCCUCCAUCACCAGCAGCCACGUCACCAUUACCAAACAACGAGACGCUGAAAGAACAGGAUAAAGAGGACUGCCAACAAGAUAUGACUUUUUCCAUGGCAUUUUACCUAGACGCUAAAGACAAAGAAAAGAUUAAAACGCCUGGCAAACAGGAAUUGUCCGAGUCUAGGACGGCCCAAAUAGCCCAGUUCGUAGUGGCGAACGGCAAGUCGGUGAAUAUUUCCGAUUUGGAGCUUGACGGCCGAUUUGGAGAAGGACCGUUCGUAGAGGCCGAUGGAUUCCACACUAGGAGCAUACUGUGUAUGCCCAUCUUCAACAGCGACACUAAAAUCAUCGGAGUCACGUGCCUGAUGAACAAAGAAAACGGAACCCCCUUCAAUGAAAAUGACGAGGGAAUUAUUGAGGCGUUUUCCAUAUUCACUGGGCUUGGAAUCCACAACUGUCAGAUGUACGAGAAUGCUUGCCGUCUGAUGGCCAAGCAGACGGUAGCGCUCGAGAUCCUCUCCUAUCACGCGACUGCGCAGAAAGAGGAAACGGAAAAACUACUGAAGAGCACGAUCCCGUCGGCGGAACAGUUGCACCUGUACUCGUUCGACUUCAACGACAUGCACCUGGACGACUACGGCACGCUGAAAGCCGUCAUCAGGAUGUUCCAGGAGGCCAACAUCAUCUCCACGUUCAAAGUACCGUACGAGGUUGUUUGCCGGUGGGCGUGCAGCGUUAAGAAGAACUACAGACCUGUGACGUAUCACAACUGGAGGCACGCCUUCAACGUGUGUCAAACCAUGUUCACUAUGCUCUACACUGGAGAGAUGAGUCCGCGAUUCGACAUUCUGGACAUGUUUGCACUGAUGGUAGCCUGUCUGUGUCACGACCUGGAUCAUCGGGGUACAAACAACGCGUUUCAAGUGACAGUUGCCUCCCCAUUGGCGAUGUUAUACAGUACAUCCGUGUUGGAACAUCACCACUUUGAUCACUGCAUCAUGAUUUUAAACAGUGAGGGAAACAAUAUUUUCCAGGGGUUAUCCCCGGAAGACUACAAGCGAGCGAUACACACGUUAGAACACGCUAUUCUAUCGACAGAUUUGGCUAUUUACUUUAAGAAAAGGGGCGAAUUCCAGUCUUUGGUAGAACAGGGAGAGCGAAAGUUUGAAGAUGAUGAAAAGAAGGAUUUAUUGAAGGGCAUGAUGAUGACUGCCUGUGACGUGGCAGCGAUCACGAAACCGUGGGAGAUCCAGCAGGAGAUCGCACAGCUGGUCGCGGGAGAGUUCUUCGAGCAGGGCGACAUCGAGAAAACACAGCUGGGGAAAAAACCUUUACCGAUGAUGGACAGAGAUAAAAAGGACGAACUACCUAAAAUGCAAGUUGGCUUUAUUGACGCGAUUUGUUUACCCGUCUACAAGAUGUUUUCUGUGAUGAACGAAAAAUUGGAACCACUGUAUGAGGGUUGUGAAAACAAUAGGCAAAACUGGCAGCUUCUUUCGAAACAAGAAACUCCGAAUGGAACACUCACAGACUCAGAUUCAAGCAAAAAAACAGAAACCAAGGAAAGCAUACCAGAGAAAGAAAGCGAAGUAGUGCCCGUUCAAACCUCUGACAAGGAAGUCAAAACCAGUGACGUAGAUCACAAAAAUACCAGUGACAGUUCCAAGGAGUUAAUUCCCGUUCAGCAAAAUGGUGCUGUGACAACGCAGACGUCACAGAAUAUACCAGAGAAAAAUCUGAUUAAGCAGCCAUCUGUUGCGUCUUCUGGUUCGAGGGAAACAAAUCGAAAAGACAUGAAACAUUCGGAAUUAGAUCAUUCACGAAAACACAAAGGAGGCGACAGUUCACGGACAUACAGCGAUGUGCGUAAAAAUGGCGAUGCGAAAACAUCAAAAGGACCAAAAAGUGGCUUCUGUGUUGUGAGCUGAACGGGGAUAUUAAUCAUCAGUACUACCAGCGAAAACUUGAUUGAUUUUCAUGUAAAAUUCUGUCUUUCUGACAUCAGUGUGUGCAAGCAUAACCGACCUGUUAUUGCAUAGAUCUAUACGUUUUUGCCCAUUUCUAUCCUGUUGACUUGCGGUGGAUGGUUGUUGAUCAUCCGUAUAUAUCCAGGACCAAUCAUACGUCCCAAAUCCUAUAGUAUCUUUCACUGUUUCAGAAUACAAACAGAACAACGGUUUAAUAAACGAGUGUGUUUUCAGUGAAUAAGUUAACACAGUUAAUGAACGUGGGUAUUUUCCCCAAGCAGCUUAGCAAUAAGAUGCAAAAGACAUCUUCAGAACUAUAUUUUUCUACAUUUCUUCACGAGGUACACGUACAUGUCAUUGGUUUCUGGCAUGUUGUGAUUUCUGCAGUAGAUACCGCAUUUACUAAAAUACUGGUUUCCAUGUCACACGUCGCUGACACACGCAGAUUGAGCCAAACCACACACAUUUGUCAGGGUUUCUGGCAUAUUGUGAUUUCUGCAGUAGAUUCUGCAUUCACUAAAAGAUGGGUUUCCAUACUAUAUGUCACACGUCGCUGACACACGCAGAUUGGGCCAAACCACACACAUUUGUCAGGGUUUCUGGCAUACUGUGAUUUCUGCAGCAGAUUCCGCAUUCACUAAGAGACGGGUUUCAUUGUCACACGUCGCUGACACACGCAGAUUGGGCCAAACACAUUUGUCAUGGUUUAUGGCAUAUUGUGAUUUCUGCAGUAGAUUCCGCAUUUACUAAAAAACUGGUUUCCAUAUAAUAUGUCACAGGUCACCGACACACGCAGAUUGCCCAAACCAAAGUUGUCAUGGGAACACGUUGUAGUCGUCUACUUUGGCCAGAACCCGCCACCGACACAGACAGUCUUUGACCGAGGUUCUAUAAAACAUUCUCAUCGGUUUGUGUCGAUCUGCGUCAAGUAGCGUUGAUCUGCGUCAAGCAGCGUUUAUCUGCGUCAAGCAGCGUCGGUUACCUAAACUGUAAAUAAUAUCUAAAGCAAAUCGAACAAUGGCAGGACAUGGGAAAAAAGCAAAAGUUGAUCCAUUCUAAAUGAAUAAAUAUUUGUAAAAUACAUUAGCUACUUGGGAUGCAGCGCACGAAGGGGUUUCGAACCAUUGACAUCUCAAAAUAUCUCAGUCUGCCGUGAAACAUUUAAAACAGCUCAAGACCUCGCCAAUGUUUUCCCCGGCACCGAUUUUAUCAGAUUUAUUUGUUUAAUUCCAGCGGGAUUUGUUUUUCUUCUUCGUUUUCUUUUUCUUCUUCAGGGAUGUAAGAUUGGACAAGCCUUCAAUUUAUGGAAUUAUCGUACCUAUAUUAGGCCAAUAUGUGUUUGGUGUACGUCAUAAGUCAUAUUUUUUCAUUAUUUUAAUAUUUUCAAUAAUACAACAUUUCAGUCACAAGGCCUUGAUGGUGGGCAUCCCGAAAGCGUCGAUAAACGCCUAGACAACUGAAUUAAGACUUGGUUACUUGUGCACUAGACGAAUGUACAAAUGUACUUGUUACGGGUUGCCGCAAGAACGCUAUAUAUAUAUAUAUAUAUAUAUAUAUAUAUAUAUAUAUAUAUAUAUAGAGGA